ACUUUGAAGGUGGAGGAGGAGACCAGAGUCUAAGGAAUGUGGUAGGCUCUGGAAGCUGAUGAGCAAGGAAACAGAUUCCAUAGAACCCCCUGAAGGCACUCAACACUGUCACAUCAUGAUUUUGGCCCAAUGAGACCUAAUUUGGACUUGUGGCUUCCAGAACAGGUUCCUAAACAUUCCACAGUAUCCUGGAGACUAAGGCGAGGGGAGCUGAGGGGCCUUCAAGAGGAGGUCCUCCUCCUUCAGCUGAGGGAACAUGGCAGCGAAUAGAGGAGUGACCCUCUUUGUCCUGCUGCUGUACUGCUGUCACAGAGCUGAGCAGCCGGUUAACACGUCUUCAGGUAUAGUCGCAGUGGAUCGUGUGGCAGAUGAAAUUCUAGUCCAAGAGAUAUUGAAUCCAAAUAAAUCAUCCAGGGCAGGAACACCCAGGACAGCAACAACACUACCACCAGCAACGUUCAAGGGAAAAAAUGCCGACACUGAUGAGGAUGAGCAAGUUGAUGCUGAACCGCCAGAUAAUGCACAAUUCUCUCCUAGCAGUGAGGACAAAAUUCUCAGUAAUGAAUCCAGUGCUAAUGAUAGUUACCAAGUCGGUGGUCCUGAGGAUCAUGACAAAAAGAACUCAAAAAAUGAUCCCUAUGAAAGUUUAUCAGUUCUGGACAAAAUCCUCAAAAAAAUUGGAAAAUUUUCAGGAAAUCUUUCCAGUAAAUUGAAGAGGACAAGCAAAGCUCAAAGAGCAGAGAGUGGUCAGCGUGGCCAUCAGCUCCGAGAGAUCUCCGUAAAGAAUGAAAUCCUGACUGAAUGAGAACACAUCCAUCCACCCCAUUCUUAGGAAUAAAGAACAUAUGUGUACACA